UCCAGCAGGUCCUCCGGCUUGUUCUCCCCGGCAGAGCUUUUCCUCGUGCUGAAUGUCACCCACUGGAAAGAUCUGACAGGGUAGAUGGCCAAGGAAUAGCUGAAGUGAUUCUAUCUGCCGGGUGAUUGGAGGGCAGGAGAGAAACCUGCCGAUGGAGCGAGAAGGAGAACCGAAAGGAGCCAGAAGAGGAGGCAGACUAGUCCUUCUGAAGGGCCAGACAUGCAUUCCAUCCCAAUCCCAGGAGAAUGCCACAAGGGAAGCCGAAGGAAUAAGAUCCCUCAGGAUGUAGAAACCUUGACUAGUCAGCCACAUCUAAGCAGACAUCCAAGAAUCUGCACAGGAGAGAAACGCUAUACUUGCUCAGAGUGUGGCAAGAACUUCAGUCGUAAGGAUAUACUAACUUCCCAUCAAAGAAUCCACACAGGAGAGAAGCCAUAUUACUGCUCAGAGUGUGGAAAGAGUUUCAAUGAUAAGUCAGGACUUACUGUCCAUCAAAGAAUCCACACAGGAGAGAAACCGCAUACCUGCUCAGAGUGUGGAAAGAGCUUCACUUGGAAGUCAACGCUUACUUCCCAUCAAAGUGUUCACACAGGAGAGAAACCGCAUACCUGCUCAGAGUGUGGAAAGAGCUUCAAUACUAAGUCAGGACUUACUUCUCAUCAAAGAGUCCACACAGGAGAGAAACCCUAUACCUGCUCAGAGUGUGGAAAGAGCUUCAUUAAUAAGUCAGGCCUUACUGUCCAUCAAAGAGUCCACACAGGAGAGAAACCCUAUAACUGCUCAGAGUGUGGAAAGAGCUUCAAGGAUAAGUCAGGACUUAUUGUCCAUCAAAGAGUCCACACAGGAGAGAAACCACAUACCUGCUCAGAGUGUGGAAAGAGCUUCAGGCAGAAGGGAAAUCUUACUUCCCAUCAAACAAUCCACGCAGGAGAGAAACCCUUUACCUGUUCAGAGUGUGGAACGAGGUUUACCCGCUAUCCUGAUCUUAUUUCCCAUCAAAGAGUCCACACAGGAGAGAAACCACACUACUCAGAGUGUGGAAAGAGCUUCAAUGAUAUGUCAGGACUUACUGUCCACCAAACAAUCCACGCAGGAGAGAAGCCUUUUAAAUGCUCAGAAUGUUCAAAGAGCUUUAUUCAAGGUGUCAAGCUUACUGUCCAUCAGCGAGUCCACAUAGGAAAAAAACUACAUACCUGCUCAGAGUGUGGAAAGUGGUUCAGUCACAAGUCACAGCUUUCUAAACAUCACCGAGUUCACAUUUGGGAUAAUAGUCAAAGGUGAAUAUUCACCUUAGUUGACUUUCCACAGAGACGGGUGAGUACUAAGACCUGACUUUGUCUUUCUUCCCAAAGUGGUGACAGACUUCCACGUGGCUCAGGAACUGCACCUGCCAGUCUUCUUUCCUGACCCCGUCUCAGAAAGAGACAGAGCAUACCAUUCUCUGGAUGAGGACGAAGCACUGGCCUUUUAUGUGGAUAGGACGAAGCCUUUUAGAAAAUCUAAUUGGCUGUUGGUUUGCUAUGCGGGUUCCUUCAAGGGAAUGCCUGUCUCGACUCAGAGACUCUCUGUUUGGGUGUCUGGAACCAUCACUUUGGCUUACCACACUGACUUCCAAGGCUUUCUGGAGAGCCAUUCUUCUAGAUGAAAUCUGCAGGGCGGCGACCUGGUCUAGACCUCCCACUUUGCCUUGGAUAUCCAUUCCCUGUCAUGGGCAGCAUAUGGUGCUUCAGUUCUCUGGACUGUUUCCCAGUAGGCUGUUCCCUCCUUCCAGGUAAGGAAAGCUUGCGAUGGUCCCAAGUGUGAUGCACAGAGACCACAAAGGAGGAGCGCAGGCUUCCUACCUAUAACUGUAGUUCUUCAAGUGGCCUAGUGUGCAUUCACAUGUCCCACCCUACCUCCCCGCAGCAGCCUCUUGGGAUUUCUCAGGUCUUUGGUUGAGGCAGUCUCCUUGACUGAGGAUGGGGGGUUGGGUAUGAUCCUAUAGAGGGAGUUUGGGUUCUCGUUCGCUUUUCUUCUUAGGGUGAAGCAUUGGGAUGUCUAUGUGCAAGUAUUUGCAUAUUUUUCCCUUGGGCAGAUGAGCAAGAAUACAGCCAAAUGUCCCUGUUCAAAUCCUAGACAUGGACACUGUAUUUCUUCAAAUGCAUGACAACAUUUCUCCUGAAAUCUGUAGUUUUCAAGGGUAUGACAGAUCCAAACCCUCCCUUACUCUAGGGAACCUAAAAGACAAACUGAGAUUCCCUUUUGGUCUCCAUGCUCAUCUGUCCUUUUGCUCCAACGUCUUCUCCCACUUCCUCCAGAUUUGGUCUAUAGAUCCCUGGGAUAAGAUCCUUUUAUUUAAAGAACUGUCCAUUUAUUUCUACCCUCUGUUUCCUGUUUUUGAACUAGUUACCGAUCCACACAUGAACCUAUCCUCUUAUCCCAUGACUGCUAAAUUUUCUCAAGAGUCUUUGAUGAGGAACUUUUGUCGAAAGCUUUUUGCAAGUCCAGGUAUACUGUGUCAACUGGAUCACCUUUAUCACCUGUUGACACUCUGAAAGAACUUUGCAAAGUUUGGUGAGGCAAGAUUUACCUUUGCAGAAGCUAUGCUAGGUCUCCCUCAGCAGGGCCUGUUCUUCUGUAUGCUUAACCAUUUGAUCCUUGAGAAUGCUUGUAGCGACCAGGCUCCCCAACCCCAAUAGAGCUAACAGGAAGUGAACCCCUGGCCUUGACUGACAGGCUGGCGACCCCCAGGGCUGACCAAUCAAUCCACUAGGUGGGUGGGACAUGAGGGCUGAUGCUGGGAAGAAGAAGGAGAAAGUAGGAGAGGAGAGUGAGGAGGUGCAGGAAAUCCAGCAUGGUGACUCUGCAGAUCCUUGAAUGACAGUAUUGCAGGAGGUUUGAUCUCAUCAGGAUCUUUGGUGAGUUUUCAAAAGAGAAUGGGCUUUGGAAUCUAGCAUAGGGAAAAGUAUGCUUAGAAAGACCUUGAGUCAGGAGUUAUUUUGCUUUCUGUGUGUGCUUUGCAUUCUUAAAUACCUGUUCUUUGUAACUGAGUAACUAAGAUUUCAAUGUGUGCCGUUUAAGAAAGAUCUGGGUGUUUUGGAACACUGUUGUAACCAACCAAAGUGCAGCAGUCUGUAGUAUAGAAUAAACUGUGUUGUUUUUGUUCCUUUCUUCUUACAAGCCUCCCAGAGUUGGUUAUGAACUCAGAAGAAGGGGAGGUGGAAUCCCACUAGUGCACAGCGUCUCUAAGAGUUCAGCUCAGCUACCAGUAGCUCCAGGUGCAGGCAAGCGCUUGGGGAGCAGGUUUUUGUUUGUAUUUGCCUAAUAACCCAUUCAAAAGAAACCCUAGACUAAAGCACUCUAGUCCAGUGUUCCGACCUCUGAAAGUUUAGAGGGCUUGGUGGCAGGGAAUUUCAACUACCAGUUUCCCAUUUUCUUUCAUUAACUGCUGGCCCUAAAAGUUAAAGAUUAAAACUCCAGUCAGCUUUGUAAGUUCAAGUUGACUCAACUAUUAUUAGUGUGGGGCCAGCUGGCAGUCCAGGGAGCCUAGCUGCUAAUCACUAGAUGAUGGAAACAUAGAGGCUAUUCCCAUGUUCGAUGGAAAGUGGGUUAAGGGAGCUUAGCCCACUUUCCAUUGAUCGUGGGAACCCCUGGGACUGUGGGUGAGUCCUGUCCUCCCAAAGCGGCUAGCCUGUGUAGAAACACCUCAUUUAACAGAGCAAGUGCUCCGUUAACUUCAUUUCUUUAUGUUGCGCUGUGGUGUGUGGCGACACAUGAGUAGACCACUGACUGGGAGGCUGCAGCCAGCUUCCUGGGCUUGGGGGUUUCUCCAGGAUGUCCCACACACUUGUAUGCUACAUCUUGGGACCUCCAGGGGCCACACGGCCCCCAAUCCCUGCAGCCUUUUCUGUCUCCGUGACAGAGUCAGCAGCCGUGUGGGUGGCCAAUCCGGUGCUGCCUUUUGACCCUCUGCGAGGACUGCAGACCCAACAGAAGCCCUUCUCAAGGAUCAUGAGAAGAGCUUCAUACUCUGGUGGUUAGCAACAUAGUCUAGUGAUUAGUAACUUCUCUGGAUUGAUGCCAAAAGGCAUAUAUAGUUGAGUUUUAUGCGCUAUGCUUCUGCUCUGUGGCUACCUUCUUGGGACUAUUUCAACUCUUGGUGAGGAAACAGCAGCCAUUCCUGGGAACAAGCUGAAUCUUCGAAUCCUAGGCAGUAAACCCCACUUUCUCACUCCCGGCUCUGCUGCAUUCCUGAAUGUUGGAGUGGAACCAUCACCUGCCAUCUCUUUUUGUCCCAUCAUGUGGCUGAGAUCAGAAGUGGGGCGGGCUGCAGCUCCAGAUGGCAUCGGCCUUUUGCACCAAUAACUCUAAUGACCCCUAGGAGCAGUGGAAGUAGAGAUAGUUAGAGUCUCCUCUUGCCUGCUGUAUCUCUGCUUCUAUGAUCCCUCCUUGAUAGAAUGCACUCAGGAAGCUCCUGGGAGUGAUUUCCUUUUUCUACUUCCCGAAUUCUGACUACCAUGCAGCUCAGCUGGUAUGGGCCCCGCUGGUGGGGCGUGAGGCACCAUUAAGUGUAAAUUAGUAGGUGCUUACCUCCUGUACCGCAACACGGGAAACCUCUUCCCAGCUGCGGCUCCGCAUCCAGCACCCACUGUGGCAGAGGAUCAACUCCACCACUCAACAAAUGGCCUCUGACACCUAGGUGGUGAAGCCGAUCCUCUUCCUGCUGACAAGAGCUUCCAGGUGCGGCAGGACAGGAAGUAAGCACCUAAUAAUUUACGGGAGGUAAACACCUAAUAAUGUACACUUAAAGGCCACCACUGUCACCAUGCCUCCACUGUCACUUUGUAGAUAGCAGCUAGGGGCUUUCCUGUUGAUGUGGAUGGGGCUUGUUCCUGGGGCCGCUUAACCAUUCAGUCAGACACAAGGAUCGGGAAUUAUUAAGUGAGGUUUUAUUGCUCUGCAGAUAGCAAUAGGUAAUCAAUAGGCUCAUGCUCACAAACAGAAUACAGUUUGGUUACAGGUGCAUCUUACAUUUAUACCAACAAUCUAAAUGGUGCUGACACCCUAGACACAGUAUACAUGGCCCAAGUAUCUAGUAUGCAUGCGAAUGAUUCAUUGUUCAUCGGGUGAUUAUUCCUUAUUUGGUUAGAUCCUGUUUUCUUGACUGUCAGUGAAAAACAGUGAGAACCUUGACUAUGUUAACAAGUUUCAUAGAUACAAUUUUGCUGCAGUAAAGGCAGUGAUGUAAAUUAUGUCCCUGAGCUGGGCUGGGGUUAGAAAUGGGGUUUCUAAGUAAAAUGGAUUUGCUUUUGUUUUCUAAACACAUCACUAUCACCAUGUACUUCUAAAUAAAGAAGGUUGGUUUCACCUUGAA